AUGGGUCGUGAAUCGCCCGAAUUAGCGCAAGCCAACAAGUCAAAUGAUGACUUCCACACCGCCGCCAUCAGAAAGGAAGAAGCAACAGUGACAAAGACAGAAGCAGAUGCUCAGGGAGGUUGGGACAGCGAUGAGCCCAUCACUGCGGAUGCCCAGGCGGGUGUCCAGCAAAUCGAGGCAACUACUAAUGUCUGGACCAAGGGAGCUCUGAUCUUCGCCUAUGUCUGGAUCUGGAUUAUCUACUUCGUGGAUAGUAUGCAGCAAGGCACAACUGGUGCUCUUACGCCAUACGUCACUUCUGCAUUCUCAAGCCAUUCGCUCACUCCCACCGUUGGCAUUAUAAGUGGCAUCAUUGGUGGUGUUUCCAGGUUGACCCUGGCUAAGAUUCUCGACGUCUUGGGCCGCCCUACUGGAUAUUUGAUCUGCAUUAUCCUCACAACCUUGGGUCUAAUUAUGAUGGCCGCCUGUCGGGAUGUCGAGAUGUACGCAGCGGCGCAAGUCUUCUAUUGGGUCGGAUAUAAUGGAAUCGGCUACUGCCUCACUAUCUUCAUCGCUGAUACCUCUUCCCUCCGAAAUCGAGGUCUGAUGUUUGCCUACGCCAACUCUCCAUACAUCAUCACCAUGUGGCUCUCUGGCCCCAUCUCAACUGCUUUCCUGAGCGGCCCUGGCUUCCGAUGGGCAUUCGGCGUUUUCUGCAUCAUCACUCCAGUCAUCACUCUACCACUCUGGGUCCUCUUCGUCCACUACCUCAAGGUGGCCAGAAAGCAAGGCCUCCUCCCCGAGAGAAAUAACGGCCGCACUGCUCUCCAGUCCAUCUGGCACUACUGCCGCGAAUUUGACGCACUCGGCCUCCUGCUCAUCACCGCCGGCCUCUCCCUCUUCCUCCUCUCCUUCAACAUCUACACCCUCCAGCCCCUAGGGUGGAAGGCCCCCAUCGUCAUCGCCUUCAUCGUCCUGGGUGGCCUGCUCAUCAUCGCCUUCGCCGUGUGGGAGAAGUGGUUCGCCCCCGUCACCUUCAUCCCCUACUCCCUCCUCACGGACCGCACCGUCCUCGGCGCCUGCAUCCUCGCGAGCACCACCUUCGUCAGCUUCUACAUCUGGAACUCGUACUUCACCUCCUUCCUCCAGGUCGUCAACGGCCUCACCAUAACCCAGUCCUCCUACGUGGCCAGCAUCUACAGCAUCGGCUCCUGCUUCUGGGGCGUCGUCGUCGGCCUCGCCAUCCGCUACACGGGCCGCUUCAAGUGGCUCGCCCUCUACGUCGGCGUGCCCCUCAUGAUGCUGGGCGCGGGUCUCAUGAUCCGCUUCCGCCAGCCCGACGUCAACAUCGGCUACGUCGUCAUGUGCCAGAUCUUCAUCGCCUUCGCGGGGGGCACCACCGUCAUCACCCAGCAGGUCGCCGCCAUGGCCGCCGCCAGCCACCAGCACAUCGCCGUUGUUAUUGCCGUCGAGUCCAUGUUCUCCAACGUGGGCGGGGCCAUUGGGUCCACCGUCUCCUCCGCCAUCUGGCAGAACGUGUUUCCCAGGGCGCUGGCGAAGCACCUGCCCGAGGACGAGCAGCCCAACCUGCUGCUUAUUUAUGGCAACCUGACGCGGCAGCUGUCGUACCUCGAGGGGACGCCUGCGCGGAUCGCCAUCCAGGACUCGUACGCCGAGGGGCAGCGCUACAUGUUGAUUGGGGCGACGUGCAUCUUGGUCGUCGGGCUUGGUGCCGUGGCGAUGUGGAGGGACAUCGAUGUCAAGGAGAAGAAGCAAGUCAAGGGUCUUGUCAUUUAA